AUGGCACUAUUUGCAUUAUUGAGCUUGGUUUUUUCCAUUGGGUGCUUCAUCGGUCUCAGCGGUUGGCUUCCGUUCUGUAAGGACAUGAUGGAGCUUGUCAGCUACGAUGGUCCCAGCAGUGAAAAUGAGGCAGACGAAGUUCCUGUGUUUGGUGAAGACAGUGACAAUGAUGGGGAGGACGAAAGCCUGCCCAUUCAGGUCAUUGGUCUCGUGAGGGAUAUCGUAUCUGUGGGUAAAAUCGACACCAAGCGUUCAAGUCACAAUCGCCAGAACUCAAGCCUCGCAACCCCAGUAUUCCUUGGACAUGGGAGGGAAGACCUGAAAAUAAAUUGCAGCCUUGGAGAGGAAGCUGCUAAUACUCUCACAGAAUUGGGUAUGGAUGUUACGUGGCGCCUCUAUUCAAAGCUUGGCCACUGGUAUAAGAUUCCGGAUGAGAUCGAUGAUAUUGUGGAUUUCCUCGCGGGGAAACUAACUAUAAUCGAAGCGAACUUGGGACGUAUUCAAACUUGUGAGCUAAGCAUUCUGUCAUGA